AUGGAUCCGCCUGCCAAACCCAAACGCACAAGAGUCAACAAACACAAGCGCGUCUCAAGAGCCUGCAAUUACUGCCGUGCUUGUAAGCACAGAUGCGAUGGCAGCCACCCAACCUGUUCGCGAUGCUCUGCCAUCCACUACCCAUGCAGCUACGGCCCCGACUCCAAGAAGCGUGGGUUGACGACGGGAUAUGUGAGGGCUCUGGAACUACUUUGGGCACUUGUCUUCACCGUCGUUCCUAAUAGCAAGGCUGUAGUCCAAGAGCUCUUGCCAGAUAUUCAGUUUGCCCUAGAUUCGCGAUCCAAAUUGGUCUUGAACAGCAGGCUUGUCAGAGAUUACGAGACACUCAGACAAGCUUGGGACGGUAGUGACAUCCAAGAAGAAUUGGAUCAGCUGUUGUCGAAUAUUCAGCAAGGGAACGACUCCGGUGCAAAUUCUGUGGCUUCCGUCAAGGCUGAAGCCUCCACUCCCGACCUCGCCCCUCGUGUCAAGGCAUUCGAGGCUGUACAGACUUCAACGCCAGCCAAUGACGCUCGGGAGGUCUCAGACCCCAUGGAUACCGACAGGGCCAAUACGCCUUCCACUCAUGACGCGUCAGUGCUCCAACCGGCUCCAUGGAACGACGUAUCAUCCCCCGCGUCUGCUCAGCAGGUACGGCGCUUAAUUGAUGUAUACUUUGCCCAUACCAACUGUUGGCUCCCGAUGGUCCAAAAGCACAAGAUGCUGGAGUUGUUGUAUUCGCCGUCACGAGAUGAUCGGGCAGAAGAGGGGAAUAUGGCCACUCUAUGGGCUGUUGUUGCUUAUGCUUCACUUCAAGGUACCCGUAACCAUAAUGGAGCGUCUGAUGGUCAAUCUGCUCUUCCUACUCCCGAAAUGAUCUAUUCCAAGGCGAGACAACGGAUACCUAACGAAGAUGCGCGACUUCCAGGCUACGUUCAAGCUUUGCUUAUCCUGGGCCUUUUCAAAAUGGAUCAGGAAGAUCUUGUGUCUUCAUGGCACUUGAUUGGCCAAGCAGUGAGGAUUUGUCUUCAUCUCGGUACCGCCCCUUCUACCAGCCACGGCUCCAAUGCUGCAAAUGUCGAUGAUGACAAUCAGAAGCGGCUUCUCCUAAGUUGCUUUAUACUCGAUACUCUCGUAUCAUGUCGUUUGCGCAAGCCACCCCAUCUCAGGACAGGAGAUUUAUGUUUCUCCCCGAAGCUCGCAGAAACAGGUCCGAAUGAAUGGGAACCGCAGAAUGUGACUUCUACAACUUUGGGCAACACCAACUCCAUGAACCAGCCUUCGCGGGUGUUAAGUAUCUUCAACUGCUACGUCAGCUUAAUAUGCAUCCUAAACGAUGCCAUGUCGAAUCAACAACCUUCAAACAGGCCUUGCACCAAAAGUCUACUUGCAUUGAAUCGCUGGUAUGAUGGACUUCCACAGCAUUGUCAGAUUUCGCCAUUGCCUGGCAAGGUUCAGCCGGGAACGGCACCGCACCUGACACCGCAACUGUACAACCUUCACCUCGCCUUCGCGAGCACCGAUAUGCAACUCAGGUCAUAUCUUGCUGCCACAAACGGGCUACCGAGUACACAAACUACAGGAUUAGCAGGCCUGUCUAUGGGAUAUCUCUUGGCAGCUUUUGGGAAGGAGUUUGGUGUAGCUAACAUGCCUGCUAUAUUCACGAUUUACCAAGACCUUGGACGCAGAAGAGUCUUUAGACUUGUGCGGCAGGACCAUUCUGUUGAUCUACUGGUCUCCAGUGAGCCUUCUCCUAAUUUACUACCGACACCUCCGGAAGUCUGUGAAACAGACCCUGUUGGUACUAAUAGGCCAGAACGGCCUUCCGCCGUGUCAUUGACUCGCCAAGUUGAGGAAUCGACUACUCAAUCUCAUGCACCGAUAUCAGUUGAAAAUUUGGACGAAUACGAUAUAGAAACCUGGGGCAAGAUAUUUGGUACAGCAGAGUUAGGCGAAGCAGGCAUACCAACCCAGCAGGAUAUGGAGAGUCUAGACUACUUGAAUGGGAUGGCAUGUUUUCGAGGUGAUCAAAUAUGCUCCCAAGGUGGUGCUAGACAUCAAUUACGUGGAGAUUUGAUGGGUUCUGGCUCAGCCGUCGUCCAAGUUCUAAACACAGUGGUAUUCCCUUAUGCCGAAGAUAUUCACCAGGGCAAGCUGCCUGUGUUCAACCUGAGCCUUCCCCUGGUGCCGCAUCCAAGCCAUAUCGGCCGGGUACACGCCGUCGGAUCGGAUGCCAUACUUGCCAAGCCCGGUGAUCUGGUCUUUUUCUCGGCCGCCAUCUAUGCGCGAGACGAUCCUAGCGUGAAUAUUAUCCAGGGCCACCACGGUGGGGAGGGCACGAAAGGCCGUAAGCUCAUGCAGGGAGAAUGGCGGGACGGUGCCCUCCAACAGUAUCAAAAGGUCCCCCUCGAGAAUAUCUUUGUGUUGGACGAGAAUCGACUAUGCAAGCAGCUUGGAUACACGCCCGCGGACCUUCACGAGAUUUCCUUCUACAGCAUCUCUGCUGGAGCUUUAUUCGAGGCUGCCAAUUUACUUGCAGGCGAGACGAUUGUACUUGGGCCAGCCACUGGAACCUAUGGAGGUAUUACCUCUGACAUGGCACUGGCUCUGGGCGCCAACGUCAUUGCCAUUGGUCGCAGUGAGACAAAGCUCGCAUACCUGAAACAGCAGCUUGGGAACCACGAGCGAUUCAGUUAUGUUGUCAUGACUGGAGAUGACGAGGUGGACGCGACCGCAAUCCGAAAGGCAAGCCCCGAUGGGCGCGGUGUCGAAGUAUACAACGAUUGGGCAUCAGGCAGCUUGAACGACUCUCCGUACUUCUCGGCCGCCAUACAGGCCGUGCUACCAGAAGGGAGAGUUGUCCUUAGCGGGGCGCCAUCUGGGUCUAUCUCAGUUCCGUACACACUCGUGAUGCACAAAAACAUCAAGAUCAUUGGUAAGGUCAUGGUAUCACGAGGAGGAAUCGAGUUGACUAUCAAGAUGGUGAAUUCGGGGGUUCUCAAGCUCGGCAAGCGUGGGGGCUCGAGUCACAAGGUGUACGGCUUGGAGGAGCAUCACGAGGCUUUCGAGGAUGCGAAGCAGAACAGUGGCUUCAGAGUCUACACAGACGUUGCCCCUAACUCAUGGUAG